CAUUGAUAUAAGCGGCUGUAAAGUUUCUAAACAACAACAACAACAAAAAUCACAACAUGAAAGAAUGGAAGUUGGAUUACAACGAGCACUUACGAUAUCACAUUCCAAAACAUGGAUGGAAAGGUUUUGCAUGGAAUAAUUCUACAAGAGUGAUAAGUGCUACAUUCCUUGCUAUUAGCAAACUAGUCGGGAAAACAUUAAAUUCAACAAGUGUGCACAACAAAGAUUUGUUCCUUAAUGCUCUUAAUGAGCAAACCAAACGGGGACUUCUCACAGUGAGCAAUCAUACUAGCAGAUUGGACGAUCCACUCAUGUGGAGUAUUUUAGGGUUGAAGAAUAUGUUUGACUAUCCCCAGUUUCGCUGGUCAACAGCAGCUGAAGAUGUUUGCUUUAAAGGGUCAUUCAGUUCCUUCUGUAUGGCUGUGGGUAAAGUUCUGCCGCUGCACCGUGGUUCUGGUGUGUACCAGAAAACAAUGAACUUUUGUGUUAAUGAGCUACAAGCAGGAAAAUGGGUCCAUAUCUUCCCAGAGGGUAAAAUAAAUCUAGAACAGAAAGCCAUGAGACUAAAGUGGGGUGUUGGUAGAUUGAUAGCUGAUACACCUGUGACACCCCUUGUCUUGCUCAUCCACCAUGUUGGUUUUGAAAAGAUCUUCCCAAAUGAAGGUAUACUGUACCCACGCGUUGGAAAGAAAUCAUCAAUAUACAUAAGUGAACCUAUAGACUUCACUCAGGAAGUAACAUUGCUCAAACAAACCAAGAAAACUCAGGAGGAAAUAAGAAAACAUCUAACAGACACUAUACAGAUUCAGAUGGCGGAUUUGAAACAGGAGGCUGAACUCUUUCAUAACAAAAUUUAUCAUAACAAAGUCGAUUCCUGACCAUGGCUGUCGUUGUUAGUUAUUAUCCAUUAUUGGUUAAGAUAAACAAAUGUGAUAUCUAAAAUAUAUUUUCUAGCGGUGCAUAAAUAUACUUGUACAUUGAGAUGCAACUUCUGCUGAUACAUACUAUGGUACAAAGUCAUUUAACUGUGUUAGUUUCUUAAAUAUUUGACCAAACUAUACAAUCACAUAUUUUGCCUUUUUAAAACACUGCAGCCUAGAAAUAACACUUUAAUUUUAAUUGUUUGAUAAAGGCUCACACCUUACCCUCCUGGGUCUGAAAGUUAUUAGCUUUUGUCACUAGUAUACAGCCAGGCCAGCCUGCACAUCCAUGCAGUCCGGGCUUAAAACUGUUGGCUAUCUUUAGAUUUUCGUAUUGAUAUUCACAAAAUUGACAAUGGAUGGUUACAAAAAUGGAAGCUUGACAAGUACAGUUGAGAAAUUUGGCAAGUUACAUGUUAAGACUUUAAACGUUAAAUAAACCUUUCAAAAAAAAUUUAAUUAAAAGGUUAAUGGUAAUUUGCUUGCUUCAAGUGAACUUGUCUUUUGUAAAUGAAUUGUGUUCUUAAGAUGAUGUCAUUUUGCCUUUACAGAUGAAGUUGUAAAUUGUAGAUUCAUGGGCUACUGUAAGAAAAAAGUGCUAAAUGAAAAUAUUAGUAUUCAUUAUUUCAUUCCAAAAUAUGACUUUUAAUUAAUGCAAGAAAAAGAAUCAAAGACUGGCUAUGGUCACAGAAUGGAAUACAUAGCUCUUGUGUAGCAAGAACUUGCUAGAGCCUGGUUACCUUCGUAAACAGUUUACCCUCAAGCAGGAUAUUCUUAUAUUCUGCAUAACUGUCACAAAUCUGGUCCCAGGACUGCCAUUUUACAGCAGCAGUGUAUCCCAAGGACCUUCAAAACUUGCCAACCAUUUUAGAAUCUUCAUUCCUUUUUAGUAAUUUUUCUAAAAUAAAUUUUUUCAAGCUCUAAGAUGGGUCCUACAACUGAAAAGUAUGAACAAUUUAUGAUUAAUUAUAGUUGCUGAAAUUAAAGUUUUGAUAUUGGAAUCUCUUAACCCAAAACCUUGAACAGGGUUUAUGGGCCCUCUUUCAGAAAUUCCUAGGGAGUUAAAAAAGUUACUUUACUGCAAAAUAUUACAAUAUGGCUUGACUGUUUUGUAAUACACAUUUAUUGCAAUUUGGCUGUGACCGAAAAGUUGCUGCCAUAAAUUAAUAUUUGCCAUAUGAGUGUAUACAAUGCUAACGUUGCCAUUCUGUGAUUCAAUAUAUAAUGGUAUGAAUAAUUACAGUGCUCUUAUGUUUACAAUGUUACUAAGUUUAUUUUGAGAUACUGUAU